UUUAUUGUUACGCGCCUUGUUACAGAUAGCUUGUUGCUAAGACUAUUCACUUAGUUACAAAUGUAGUACUUGUAUUUUUUGCUACUUCUACUACAGGAUGUUAGUGUGAACUAAAUCCUUAAUAAUUUCUAUCUUAUUCUUACCGUAAAGUGUAUUUAUACUUUAAGCAUAAUGACUGAGUUUUUAUUUCAACUAAAGUUGAAGUUGACGGUCUAGCAGAAUAAUUUUUUCUAAAGACAAUGUACUAAUUAUGUACACUGUUCAGUACAAAAGUCAGUUGUCUUGAGCAGACUAGUAAAACUAAUACUGGUAAUACUAAUAGUAGUAAAAGUACCAUGUUUUACUUUUGAACUUCAUAUUUUAAUUUUUCAAGAUGCAGUGAAAGUUGUAAAAUUGUUAAAUAAUGCAUUCUUGGGAAGUCUAUGCUUUUGAGCUAUUGGUAAAUAAAUAAAUAUAGUAUAUUGAGGAUGGAUAUGAAAGCUGAAUCUAUUCAACGAAAGCAACUAAUGGACUUAAAGAAAGAAAAAAAUUGCUCAGUUAGCACAAACAAUUCUGAAAAAAUUCUUAGACAACAUUCUGCACGUAAAUCAACAAAUCCACAUAAGUUGAUUCACUAUCAGGAACCUAGUUCUGACACUGGGAGAACUUCAAAUGUUAGUUCACCUAAACUUGACAAGGAACCUCAGAACCCAAACUUAGAACAGAAUGAUUCAAGUAAUAACCUAGGAGCAGAUGAAAAUAAAGAAGGUAAAAUAGCUCUCAAUUCAAAAAUGGAAGAAAGAUCAGCUAAAUUCAACACUGGUAACCGUGAAGCUAGUGGAAUUGAAAAUGUUUUAAAAAAUAUUCAGGAAGAUCUGAGUUAUGUGUCUACAAACCAAGAUCAUAGUUCUGUGAAAGAUUUAGAAAAUGAAACGAUAUUUAACAUUAAUGAAGAACUUCCCCUCCAAGAAGAAGAAGAGCCUCCAGAUUGGGAAGAAAGAGAGCUGUCAGGAGAGGAUGAGGAAGAAACAGAGGAAAAAAAUGAAACAAAUGUUCACCAGCUUCUCCCUAAGGAUUGUGUUCUCAUUUCCUCGGAUGAAGAAGGGUUUGAAGAUGACCCUCCCGCAUCUUCUCCAACUACUGAAUCAGCUGUAAUUGAUGAUAAAUCAUCUAAGUUGAGUCCUAUUUGUAUUGCUGAUAGAAAGAAUUCAAGUGCAGAUCCAAGUGAGGUUGAUAAAAUCUCUGAAGAAGAAGAAGAUCAACUUUUUGAAGAGCAUCUUCGAUUAGAGAGCUCCUCAGAGUCUCAAGAAGGAGUAGACCAUGAAGAGCUUGAUAGAGAUAAUGGAGAUGAAGUAUUUGAUAAGCAUGAAAUACCUGGUGGCCUUUUUACUUCUGAGAUUAAUCCAGUGAAAGACACAUUUCCUGAGCAAAUUUGAAUAAAGAUUUCCCCAAAAAUAGUUAAUUUAUCAUAUGUGGAAGUAUCACAAAGUUUGGGUUGUAGUACCGUAAAAAGACCACUGGAAC